GAAAAGGAAGAAACGUCUUUUUUUACUCUAUACGGGGUAUCGUCGCUUCUCUUCACCUCAACACGAAGACCCCUUUGAUUUGUUUCCAUGAGAGAUAGAUAGAGAUAGAGAGGACUGAGGAGCCUUCUUCAACCUAUUAUAUAACCCUCCUCUUCCUCGAUUCUUCAGAUCGUCUCCUCACCACACACACCACUCACCUUAAUUCCCCUCUCCAUUCUAUAUAUCCUUCUCUCAUCCCAUCCCCCAGAUUCUUCUCCUCAGCUUCCUUUUCUCCGUCUUCACUCCGAUUGAAGACUUUCUCCACUCCGCUUCACCUCGACCCUUCAGUGUUGAGACUUAACCGGAUUUGGAUUUCAAUUUUUGGGGAGAGUACGUGCGAUUAAGCGACUAAUCUUCUUUGAUAUACGAAACAAGAAGGGUUUGAACGGAGAGGAGUAAUGGAAGGAGGAAACAUGGUGGUCAGGGUGAAGAGAGAUACGGUGGUGGCAUGCAUGACUUGUUCUCUCUGUGACAAUCUCCUCCGUGACGCCACUACCAUUUCUGAGUGUCUUCAUACGUUUUGUAGGAAAUGCAUUUAUGAGAAAAUCACAGAGGAUGAGAUAGAGUGCUGUCCAGUAUGUGAUAUUGACCUCGGUGGUACCCCCCUUGAGAAACUAAAGCCUGACCACAUUUUGCAAGACUUGAGGACCAAAUUAUUUCCUCUAAAACGAAAGAGAGAGAGUGUGUCUUCCAACACAUUACCUGCAAGGAGGAAAGAGAGGUCUAUCUCGUCUUUGGUGGUAAGUACACCUAGGGUUGCAGCACAAGCUGGUACAACAGGAAAAAGAACAAAAACGGCGACGAGAAAAGAUGUUCGAGGUAGUGGUUCAUUCACUAAGAGAGUUGUGAAAAAGGAAGAAGAAUUUGGAGAUGAUAACACAGAGAGUGCAAGCUCGCCUGAAACACUUAAAAAAUUCACUCAGAAUAAAAGGCAGGUAAAGAAGUCUUCAUAUGCAGAGCCUAACCAGGCCCUUUCUAAUAGAAGAAACAAGAGUGGUGAUGAACCUUGGGAUUCGAAAUUGCAUUCGUGGAAACCUCUAAAUUUUCUUGUUGAAGUGGCAAACGGAACAGAGGACUCAAAAUCUGAGCAUGGAAAUGCAUCUCACAAUGAUGUUGAGGGGAGUAAAACCAAAACAAAGGAGCAGAAAAGAAAAUGUAAACUUGAGGAAGAGAUCAGCAACAACGGUGAUCCUACAACAUCAGAAACUGCUACUCUUAAAAGAACGCGUAGGACUCGCCGCAAAAGGUCUUCUUCUUUUGGUGAUUCAAGAAUUUCACCAUUACCAGGUGCAGCAAGCCUGAAACAGGAGAGGAGAAAUGGUCCUGUUUGGUUCUCACUUGUUGCGUCAACUAAUCAGGAUGGAGAAACAUCUUUGCCUCAGAUUCCAGCAAACUACUUGAGAUUAAGGGAUGGAAGUAUUCCAGUUUCUCAUAUCCAAAAGUACCUCAUGAAGAAGCUUGAUCUCAAAAGUGAAACUGAGGUGGAGAUAAAAUGUAUGGGAGAACCAGUGCUCCCAACAUUGCAGCUUCACAGCCUAGUGGACUUAUGGUUGGAAACAACUUCUAAGCAUGAAAGAGUCGCUGCGUCUGUAGGUUCCUCUGCAAAGGAAUUUGUGAUGGUGCUAGUUUAUGGUCGGAAGCUCCCUGAAAGCAACAACUAAAUAACUUAUUCAUUGAAUCAUCUCGAGGCCGAGAGAAGCAGCAAAGGGCAGGAGCAGUGUUGUGUAGAAAACUUGGAAAUUUAUAUUUAUUUAAUUAUUAGACUCUUUAAAUUGAAAGAUUGGUGAGACAGACCCUUUCGUUUGUUAUCCAAGAAGAUUCAGAUUUGCUUUUUAAAGGUGAUUUUGUCCGUUUUGGACACUUAUAUGUA